UUGGCUUCGCCCCUCAUGUCCCGCGACGGCGGCCCUCUUCCUCCCGAGCUGGAGCGCGAAAUCUUCGAGAUGGCGGCCGGGCUGCAUGCCACGAUGAGAUACCCGCUUCUCUUUGUCGCGCGACGUGUGCAACUCUGGAUAGAGCCGCUGCUGUACCACACACUGCAGUUCACGCAAAAGACAAAGUACCCGCCGCUGAAUCUUAAGCCGCCCGUGUUCUUUGCGCAGUAUACGCGGCGGCUGGUGAUGUACGACGCCCACCCAGACGAGAGCCAGCAAAUCCUCACUCUCUGUUCCCAUGCAACCGGCCUCGCGUUGGGAGACGUGCCUGUCCGCCCAGACUUCUACGAUUCGCUCUUCUCUCGGGACAACAUAUCCCACCUUGCUUGCUUCUCCGGCGCGCUCCGCUGCCCCGCCAACACCGACGCAAUGUCCGCAGCCCUCGCAGCUCGGCCGCUGCUGAGCGUGCUGACACAUUUCGAGGCGUUUGACCGUGUGCUGGACGCCACGCUUGUCACGUUUCUGAGCAGGCUCCCUGCCCUGACGCAUCUGGCCGUGAAUGACUGGGAGACUGGGGCAUGGCCCGCGCGCAAGCGUCUUCUCGCGGAAUGCCCACGGCUGCACGUGCUGGUGCUACUCGACUCUGAGGUUUCCGCCGCCAAGGCCUAUGAGGAGCGCGUGCCGCCCGACAUCAGGGACGUCCGCUUCGUGAUCACAUGGUACCGCGAGUGGGCCGAGGGCGUCUUGGAGGGGUACAGCUACUGGGAUGCGGCGGACGCAUUUGUCGCGAGAAAGCGCAGACAUGAGAUCGAGGAUGACCGAUUCUUUGCAAACAGGGCGGAUCGGGUCUAA